AUGGUCUGGUCUUCCACAAAGACAACGACAGCUGCAAUGGGCGCACUGCUCGCCGCUGCAACAGCACUGCAGUUGCACGUCGUUGAGUCAAUGGGCACGACGGCUCUGAACGACGACAGCCCCGACCACCACCACCACCACGCGCACGACGACGUGGCAGCUGACGCGCCGCCACUUUCGGACGGCCCGCAGGACAAGGAAGGCGCGCCCGACUACAAGUGGUACUGGCACCACGGUGAGGACUCGAUCUUUGCGCAAGACAGCGGCGUGUUCACGAACUUCAAGCCGAACGAUACGGACCAGACGUGCUCGCAAGACCUGCACGCGACGCCGUUCAACAAACAAGUGCGAGGCGUCAACCUCGGCGGGUGGCUCGUGCUCGAGCCGUGGAUCACGCCCACGCUCUUCUACCAGUUCCUCAACACGCAGCAGAAGUACGGCGACAAGGCGCCGGAGAAGACGGCUAUGGACAUGUACACGUUCUGCACGGCGCUGGGGAAAGAAGAAGCGAACCGGCAGCUGCGGAUCCACUUUGACAAGUGGGUCACUGAAGACGACAUUGCCGCGCUCGCGGAAGCGGGGAUCAACUCGCUUCGCGUGCCCGUGGGCGACUGGAUGUUCAAUCCGUACGAGCCCUUUGCCGGCUGCACGACUGGAGCCGUGGAAGCGCUCGACCGGGUUGCAGACCUCGCGCUUAAGUACGACAUGGACAUUUUGCUGGACAUCCACGGCCUCAUUGGCUCGCAGAACGGAUUCGACAACAGUGGCAAGUCCACGGCAGUCAAGUGGACGUCCAUUGCCAGCACGCAGCCUGUGGGCACGACGACGUUCGAGCACUGGCCGAUCCGUCAGGCCGAAUGGGCCGGUACCUUUGACGUGGAGAAUCACAACUACACGAGCAUCAACUAUGCUAACCUCAACCACUCGAUUGUGACGGUGGAAGCCAUUAUCAAUCGAUACAAGGGCCAUGCAGCGAUCAUGGGGCUUGAGCCGGUCAACGAACCGUGGGAGCUCACGCCGAUCAAAGUGCUGAAGGAGUACUACUGGAAGUCGUACAAACGUGUCAAGGUGCUUGCACCGUCGUGGAAGUUUGUCAUCCACGACUCGUUUCGGUUCGGGUUGCCGUUGUGGGCGGAUUUCUUGAGAGGGUGUCCAGAUAUCGCCAUGGACACGCACAUUUAUCAGGCGUGGAACCCACCUGGAACCAUGGCAGACUUUAACUCGAACGCUUGCCAGCAAAAGUAUGUCAUCACCAAGAUGGAAAACGCCUUGAUGCCCGUGAUUGUCGGUGAAUGGUCAGUUGGAACGGACAAUUGUGCGAUGUGGCUGAACGGAUUCAACGACAACCUGCCCGGCUUCCCGAAAGUCCAAUGUCAUAUGGUGGACUGCCCAGUCAACAGUACGUAUCUCGGUGAAGGGUUUCCAGGCACUCCGUUGGAUGCGACCAAGCCAAUCCAGGGACCCUACGGCACGGGCAUGUCGGGUCCAUCAUUUGGCAAGUGUCCUGUCACUAGUCAGAGCUCGUUUAGCCAGAAGGAUGACGCUGCGUUGACCAGGUCGUUGACGCUGAAGAAGUUGAAUGGUUUUGCUGUGGGACACGGCUGGUACUUUUGGAACUUCAAGACGGAAUUCGCUACGAAGUGGAGCUUCUUGGACUUGGUUCGCAACGGCGCGUUCCCCAAGAACGUGUCGCACUACCAUGAAAGUGAUGGUGUGCAGAAGGUUUGCGUGAAGGAAGACGAAGGUGACUUUGUGUGCCGUGCAAAGCGUGGGGUCCAAGAGUAUGAGCUCAAGAGCGGUCUCGCGUUUGCAUGCAAUUUCCCUGAUAUCGACUGCUCCGACAUCGAACAGCGUUUUGACACUUUGGAAGAGCAGUGUGACUGGGCUUUUGACCAGUACUGGCACUUCAAUCGCGAAAAAGGCGCGACUUGCGAUUUCGGUGGCGCUGGUCACCUGCUGAGCGUGCCAGGCGCGGCUCCUUCGAAGCACGCGUCUUCCCCAACAUCCCAAAAGCUCAAGGCGAAGCAGCCGGACGAUUCGUUUGCGCCAGUAUCCGAGUGGGGUAUUGCAGCCAUCUUGGGUGUCGCUGGUCUCGCCCUGGUGGUGGUGGGCGCUGCGGUCUUUGCCGUCAUGCGCUGGCGUCAGCAGCGCGCGCGCCGCGAGUACUCGCCAAUUGCCGGUCGCUCGUAA